AUUACUUUCGGUUACUAUUUCACAGAUCUACGAGUAUGUAUAGUUUGGUUUGAACAUUAUAUCAAAAAGUAGUUGAAUCAUUUCUUCAAGACAUGAAUCCUUUCAACAUUAUUUGGAUGUUUUUUUUUGCCUCCUAUUGCAGUAGUCAAGAUGAACUCUCAAAAUCCGCCACGAACAUUGAUUUUGAAAACACGACUCGAUGCGAUACGUAUUUGUAUAAUCAAAGUCACGAAAUAGCUUACACUUGGGCUAUUCAAAAUUUCAGUCUUUACGAAAAGGAUAGCAAUGGUCAGAUUUUUUCACCCAAAUUACACGCACCCACAGAUAAUAGAUUGCUAAAAAUUCGAAAAGUUGAUUUGGGUAGGUAGCUGAAAUUCACAGGUGGCUAUCUCGAGUCGUUUCCUCAAUUCACUCGAAACUAAUUUCACCACACGAAAGCACGUUAAGAUCUGAUUUCGAAUUAUAUUCAUUGAAGUUUUCAAAGGUACAGAGUUGAAAUUUUCGAUUCAAAAUCUGAAAUUUCAAUCAAUUGACAUCCAAUUUAUUCUGCGAAUAUUUCCAUCUAUGUACAUUUAUGUAAGUAUUAUUUUACCAGACCUUUUAUCAUUAAAAGUUCAAAAACUCAUUAGGACAAAAAGUUUUCUGCAAAUAAAAAGGGCCAAAAUGAUCAACAAAAUACAGCUGAAAAAGAGCUGAUUGCGUAAAUGUUUUCAACUGGAUCAACUUGAUUAUUCAACUAAUUAAAAGUUGAUACAGAGUCAUUGCGAAAUUACGGAUGUUGAAGCCGAUACCUAGAUAAGUACAACGAGUGAUAAGUAUUUCAAAACUUCUCUCAAAGUACGUAUAAGAAUUCAAAUAAAGAGUUCUUUACUCACGUCGUCUCUUCGGUUUUAAUUUUAGUAUUCAUUAGGCAGACUUCAAGUUUACGAUUCUGGUGAAUAUUUUUUGGUAUUUUAUAUCAACUCGAAAAAAAUAAUAAUUCUGAUUUCCUUUUUUUUCCCCGUUGAAAUAAACAUGAACCCUUUUUACCUCACUUGGAUGGUAUUUUUCGCCCUCUAUGGCAGAAGUCAAAGCGAACCCUUCGAGCCAAUUUAUACUAAUUCCGAACAUAGAAUCCGAUGCAAUACGUAUUCUCGAAUUUACGAAAUAAACUAUGUAUGGACGAUUCAUCACUUCAGUCGUCACGAGGCAAUCAAUACUAGUGAAAUUUUAUCACCCAAGUUACAUUCGCCACAAACCGCUGAAUACGAGUGGGAUAUCGAAAUUGAACCAAACAACAUUGAUGAGGGAAAUGAAACGAUCGCUCUGAAUGUUUAUUUAUCCGGCAGAAGCAUAAUUGAAAAAGCAGUAGCAAACUUCAGUAUUUCAAUCAUAAAUCACAAAGAAGAAAUGUUAUUCUUCAACCAAAUGACAUCGAAAUCAUUUGUAGCCGGAGAGAGUUGGGGAUGGACGGACUAUUGCAACAAAGAUGAUUUCUUCAGGCGUCAUUUACUGCAAAAUGACACAUUAACACUAUUAAUCGACAUAAAAUGGCUUUCUCAACCGUGUAAUAACGUUUCCCACGAACGCAGAAUUCCAUCACCGACCCCCAAACACGAAACUACCACUAUCCGACUCAAUCAUUCAGAACUUUUUGAAUUGCCGCAAGAAAAUCCGAAAUUCGCAUAUGUACGAGUACUUACAACGAAUGAUAUCAACUUUCAAUGGAUGCUCGAAACUCUGAAACACACUGACGUAGUAUUUACAACGAAUGGCAGCAAUUAUCCAGCUCAUAAGGCUAUUUUAGCAGCACGCAGUCCAAUUUUCGCCGCCAUGUUUCAACGUGAAGAUAUGGAAAAUGGAAAAAAUAAAACCAUUCGAAUAAACGUCACACAAAUGAAUGAAGAAGUACUGCGAGCUAUGCUACAAUACAUUUAUACCGGAAAGUGUGAAAAUUUAGCCACACUAGCGGGUGAAUUAUUUGUGGCUGCUGCUGAAUAUGGUUUGGACGAAUUGAGGAAAAUUUGCGAGCAAACACUUUGCGAGGCUUUGUCGUCAGAGAAAGCAGAAGACAUGUUUGUAUUCGCCAAAAAACACCAUGCCAACGAAUUGAAAUCCAAAGCUGCGCAAUUCAUAGCACACAGAUCUGUUCAAAAGUUGAAUACAACAGGCUAGGAGUUGAACGGCUCAGAUGGUCAACAUGAGUUCGCCAAAUGCUUGAUAAAUUAUACCGCAAACAUCCACGUAAAAAUCAAUCAACUUGCAUUUAAAUACUAUUGAUUACCAUGUACAUAAAUCUGUGAAUUUG